AUGUAUUCUGCAACCGAUAGAUGCAACCAGGCAGCGUCGAUAGCAGAGCUGUUUGAUGAGAAAUUUGGUCUCAGUUGUGCACCAAUCUCCAGCACCCAAUUCAUCUUCACGGCCGGAGCCAUCCAUCUACGCAGUGUAGUUCGUAGCAAAAAUGCCGAAUUUAAGCUAGAGGCAGUGGAAAAAUGCAUUGCUGCUCUAAAUGGAAUGGGCCAAACCUGGAAAUGCGCCGCAUUGAGCGGUGACGCGCUCCAGCGGCUGCUGGAAGACUGGCAAGCGAAGGCAGCGAAAUCAGCAACGCACGCACAACGGACGAGAGUGCCUUCAGAGGGAAUAGGAAAUUCACCUACGAGCAUUCAGUCAAUCGACAUACAACAUAUGCUUCGAAAGGAUCCCGACGUCGCCGCCCAAUUAAGGCGACUUGGAUGGAUGCCUCCAGAGGAAGCCCAUAUAUCCCUACAAGGCUUUCAUAACCCAGACUUUGAGACGCUGUUGACUGGAAUGGAUUCACAGAAUACGCUGGGCAUUUGCAUGGGCAGUGGCACGCGCUCUGACCUCUCAAUUGCAGAUGGCCCAAUGACCGAUGUGUCGUGGAUGGCACAGGCUCCUGGUUGGAUGUACUUUCCGAGUACUGACGGCUUGCCCCAAGUCCAGCAAUCCUUGUUCGAUAUGGUACAGUCAGGCGACCGGCCGGUGGCAGAGAGCUGGCUACGGGAGCAAGUUGCCCUCAGGGAUGGAACAAAGCCAUCCACUCUGCGCAAAAUAUUUGAGAAGGACAUAGAAUUAUAUUUGCAAGUUUCAAAUUUACACCAAUACCAUGUCUUUAAUUUAGCUGUAUACCCAGAACUGACCAAACCCAUCCUUGCCGGGAGCCCAGUCAUCCGCCAUGCUGAAAAUCGCCGCAAUGGUACUUAUUGGAAGGAAGAAGCCUCCGACCACUGCGAGUGCCAGCACGAUCUUGCUCUGCGCGUUAGCUCUCUCGACCUCUUUGACAUUGACCUGGCCAUUGACAUAGCUAAUACUCUUGUCUAA